AUGGACACCCCCCCGCAGGACUAUCAAACGCACAAACUCAACGAUGUCGUCUUGGACAAAUCGGUCGACGAGGAGAGCGGCAACAUAGCCGUCGUUCGGGAUCGCGACGAUUAUGAUGGUGAAAAGCCCGGGUUCAGCUUUAAACGAUUUUACCGCCAAUACCGGACUGCCUUCCACAUUGCCUUCUGCGUCAUCACUUUUAUUGUGUGGACGGCAUGGUGGGUCCACGGUCUCGUCUACCACCGGCACGAUGGCCUCGGAUGGCUGAAACCAUUCCUGCUGUACCUCGCCAUUCUUCUCCGCCUUAUCUUCAUCUGGGUACCGAUCGCAUCGGUCAUGAGGCCUGUUCACUUCAUUUGGAACAAUUCAGUGGUCAGGGUGUACGAUAUGAUCCCCAAGAAGCUGCACAAGCCGCUUGCCGCAUUGGUCACUGUGGCCGUGUUUUUGAUUGGCGCCUUCGUGCCCGAGGAGACAGGUCAAAAUACGCGGGCCAGCCGUGCCCAGUCUCUGUUCGGUCUGCUUGUCAUGCUCAAGGUUCUGUACUGGACGUCGCGUGACCGCCAUGCCAUCCCGUGGCACACCGUCAUCGGUGGUAUGCUCAGUCAGUUCGUCAUUGCCGUCUUCGUCUUGCGCACCCAGGCUGGAUACGACAUCUUCGCCUUCAUCUCGUUCCUGGCCCGAACUCUGCUUGGCUUCGCCAACGAGGGUGUCAUAUUCCUGACGGACGAUACGGUGCCCGCGUUACCGUGGUUCUUCACCAGUGUCAUUCCCGCCAUUAUCUUCUUCGUCUCCCUCGUCUCCCUGCUGUACCAUACCGGUCUCCUGCAGUGGUUCGUCGGCAAGUUCGCCACCUUCUUCUUCUGGUCCCUGCGCGUGUCCGGUGCCGAGGCCGUCGUUGCUGCCGCCACUCCCUUCAUUGGCCAGGGUGAAUCGGCCUUGUUGAUUCGUCCUUUCGUGCCUCACCUUACCCUCGCCGAGCUUCACCAGGUCAUGACAUGCGGCUUCGCUACCAUUGCCGGAUCCGUACUCAUUGCGUACAUCAGCAUGGGCCUGAACCCCCAGGCUCUGGUCUCGUCCUGCAUCAUGUCCAUUCCGGCGUCACUGGCCAUCUCCAAGAUGCGCUACCCCGAGUCGGAGGAGACCCUCACCUCAGGCCGCGUCGUGGUCCCCGAAGACGACGAGCACAAGGCCGCCAACGCACUGCAUGCCUUCGCCAACGGCGCCUGGCUCGGUCUCAAGAUUGCCGGCAUGAUUUGUGCCGUCCUGCUCUGCAUCAUCGGCUUCGUCGGCCUCAUCAACGGUUUCCUCAUCUGGUGGGGCAAGUACUUCAAUAUCACGGCCGCCAACGCCCCGCCCGAGGGCCUCACCCUCGAGUUCAUACUCGGCUACCUUUUGUAUCCCGUUGCUUGGCUCCUGGGUGUUCCUAAUGGCGAGCUCCUCGACGUCGGUCAGCUCAUCGGCAUCAAGAUCAUCACCAACGAGUUUGUCGCUUUUGCAUCUUUGUCGGCCAAUACCGCGCUGAGCCCGCGUGCUCGUCUUAUUGCUACUUAUGCUUGCUGCGGAUUCGGAAACGUUGGUUCGCUCGGAAACCAGAUCGGUGUCCUGUCGCAAAUUGCGCCUGGCCGAGCCGGUGACGUUUCCCGGGUUGCUGUGUCCGCUUUGAUUGCUGGUGUCAUCAGCACGCUGUCUUCGGCUUCGAUUGCGGGUAUGCUGUACACGGAUGCUAUGCAGUCAAUGGCGACCGUUGCUUCGUCAUAG